AUCCAAUUUUCAAUUUUUAGUUUUUAUUUUUCCUUUUUAUUAAUUAUGAUUUUACACAGUCAGAGCCAUACUUUCAGUCGCCAGGAAAGAAGAAAAAGAAAAUGUAAAAUAUUGGAAUGAGGAAAAUUUUGAGUCUACUCUCUUCCCUUUGUCACAUUGAUCACUGUUUUUUGUGCUUCUAAUUGCUGGGUAAUAUUUCUCUUCGCGUUUCUAUCUUGGGUCAGUACACAUUUUAUCUCUAUUUCUGUGUGCGGUAUCAAUUGGGAUUGAUAUCCACUUUCUUUAUGGAAUGUUGUUUAAUUUAGAUCAUCGUAAUCUUAGUUUUUCAUUGCGAACAAAUAUUCGGUAUUAUUUAACUUUCUCUACUCUUUAAACCCUGAUUGUUAAUUCAUUCGGUGCUGUUUAAGUGUGGAGAUUUAUCACCAACACUUCCUAUUUUGAAGUUGGAGAUGAGGGAUUUUGCUUGUUUUGUUUCCGGCGAUCGGGGUUUUGCAUUACCGCCUCUGGCGAAAUUCGGUACUGGGAAUUUGCCGCCGAUUGCGAUUAAUGGGUCGCAAGCUGAAACAAUGAAGGGCUACGGCGAGGAUUGUGAUUCUGGAUCCGAUAUGGACCUAUCGUCUGACUCGGGUAGUGAUAAUCAAAGCCUACAUUACUCGGUCGCCAUAUCUCCUCAAGAUGACAAAGUACACAUUCAUUCGGCUGCCAUUAAUGGCGUUCAAUUGCCCAGUCAAUUAAACAAUCGUUGUUCUGAAAUGGGUCAUAAGGGACUUGGUUUUGUUCCGGAGGCAAUUCGGCUAAACCGUGAAUAUAGUCAUGGAGGAGUCAAAACGUCGGAUUCGGCCACGAUUUCCAGUACUGAAGUUUCGUUUGGUAAAUCGAGCACCAUUACUUAUGGUGAUACUGAUGCUCACUCUGCAGCUUCCGAUCAGACGAAGUCUGACGGAGGAAUAGGGAAUAAAAUGCAUGCGAAUUUUGAUAUUCCGACUGCUCCUCCACUAAAUGUUCGUAAUCAAGCUUCAACUAGAGCAUGUAGGCCUUAUCUUGAACAAAUAGCACCAGAAAGCUCUUUAGGCCAAAAUGCACAAGCUACAAAUAUUGGAAUGUCAAAUGCAUCAGCUAGGAAUGCUGCCGUUCUCAGAGUUGCAUCACCUGCUUUGUCUGUUCCUGCCUGCCUCCCGAAUUACAGAGCAAUAGGGCAAGGUUCAUGGGGUGCUGUUAUUUCUUAUGAAGCAUGUGUUAGGCUAUGCCUUCACUCAUGGGCUCAAGGUCAUUGUACAGAAGCUCCCUACUUCUUGAAUGAUGAGUGCAAACUUUUGCGUGAUGCAUUUGAUUUACGGCAAGCUCUACUGCAACCAGAAGAGGAUCUCUUGGCAAAACUUCCCUCAGGGUUGGUCAGUGAGAAAACUGUUCCAAAAUCCAUAAGAAGUCUUGGGAAAAUUAAAGUUCAGGUGCGUAGAGUGAAAAUGGGACUGGAGCCACCAACCAGUUGUGGUCUUUCGUGUAUAACGCAAUCCACCAUCAAAUUGGAAAGUCUUAAUGCACGUUUAUCCACUGUGAAGCGAACACUUCGCUCCGAGUGGAAAGCCAAACGAAAGGUUCGAGUUGCUCAUCAUCUUCCUGCGAACUCAACUGGCUCUAUCUCUCAUCAGAGCUUGGCUUAUAUGAAAGCUGGCUCUCAAUACGCUAAACAGGUCUUGGCAAUCAUUAAAACAGGCGCAGUUUCUUUGUGUCACAUCUCUCCAACUUAUGAAGUAGUGCAAGAAACAUAUUCUUGCUUGUUGAGACUAAAAAGCUCAUCGGACGAUGAAGUUGUUAAAAUGCAACCAGCAUCCGGUGAAACGUAUCUAUUCUUUCCUAAUAGUCCUGGAGAUGAUUUAACAAUCGAAGUUCAGAAUUCCAAAGGACAGCAUCAUGGCCAUGCGACAGUUCAAGUUGCUGUCAUUGCUGAUAAUUCAGAUGAAAAGACACAGUGGUGGCCUGUGUAUCGAGAGCCAGAGCACGAACUUGUUGGAAGAGUACAACUACAUACAAGCUAUUCUACAAGCCCAGAUGAAAACAAUAAUCUUAAGUGUGGCCUCGUUGCUGAGACCGUGGCAUAUGAUAUCUUGUUAGAAGUUGCAAUGAAAACCAGCAAUUUUCAGCAAAGAAAUUUGUUGUUAGAAGGACCAUGGAAGUGGUUACUUUACAAAUUUGCAACUUACUAUGGAAUAUCAGAUUCGUAUACCAAGCUAAGGUACCUUUCCUAUGUCAUGGAUGUCGCUACACCAACUGAAGAUUGUCUGUCUUUAGUGGAGGAGUUGUUGCAACCAGUUAUAAUGAAGCAAAACGGGAGGGGCUCCUUGAGUCGUCAGGAGAAUCGCAUGCUAUUGGAGAUAAAAGAACAGAUUGAGAAGAUUCUUGCGCUCGUCUUUGAGAAUUAUAAGUCACUCGAUGAAUCUUCACCUUCAGGGAUCGCGGCUGUCUUUGGUAGUGCAAAUGGUUUCGUGGCUUCUGCUCUAACCCGCUCUGUCAAGCUAUAUGCUCUCCUGCAUGAUGUUUUGAGUAGUGAGGCACAACUAAAAUUAUGCAGAUAUCUACAAGCUGCUACAAGGAAAAGAUCAAAACUGUUGUUAGCAGAAGUUGAUGAAAUUAUAUCAAGCAGUAAAGAAGGCACAUUGAUGGAUGGUGUUCUUCUUUCUACUGCUUACCAGAAAAUGAAAACCGUGGUACGGAAUAUUAGAAACGAAGUGAUGACGGAUAUUGAAAUCCACCAUCAAAAUGUGCUCCCCAGUUUCAUAGACUUGCCAAACCUUUCGUCAUCCAUAUACAGUGUGGAGCUGUGCAAUAGAUUGCGAGAUUUUCUCAUGGCCUGUUCUCCUCCAGGUCCAUCGCCUCCUGUGACGGAACUUGUCAUUGCUACAGCUGAUUUCCAGCAGGAUCUUGUUCAGUGGAACAUCAGUCCUGUCCGAGGUGGAGUUGAUGCCAAAGAGCUAUUCCACUCAUAUGUUACACUUUGGAUUCAAAGUAAGCGUCUUGCUUUGCUCGACUUGUGCAAACAGGACAAGGUACAACCAUAUGGAGCCAGACCAGAACACUCAACAUUGCCGUUUGUUGAUGAUAUGUAUGAUAGGCUAAGGGAGACACUAAAUGAAUAUGAUGUCAUCGUUUGUCGCUGGCCGGAAUAUUCAAACAGUCUAGAACAGGCAACUGCAGAUAUUGAGAAGACAAUUUUUGAAUCGUUGGAAAGGCAAUACUCUGAUGUGUUAUCCCCAUUAAAGGACAAUUCAGUGCCCAUAAUGCUUUCCAAAUAUUUCCAGAAGUUUGCCAGACAAGCGGUGGAUACAUUUUUCAUACCGGAUGAGUUGGGAAUUCUUUUGAAUACGAUGAAGAGGAUGCGGGAUGAGCUUAUGCCACAGAUAGAGCGCAAACUGAAUUCAAUGGCAUCUGCUUGCAUGACUGAUGAAGGUCCUGCUAGAGGUGAAUAUCUCAAUGAAGUAACUUUGGUCCUUAGAGCCAAAUUCAGGAGUUACCUGCACGCAGUUGUGGAGAAACUCGCAGAAAACACAAGGGUACAAAGUGCAACAAAAUUGCGGAAGAUAAUACAAGACACGAAGGAAGCGAUGACGGAGUCAGAAAUACGAAGCAGAAUGCAGCCUCUGAAGGAUUUACUGAUGAACACAAUUCAUCAUCUCCACCCCGUCCUUAACAACGGCGUCUUCGUAGCAAUCUGCCGAUGUUUGUGGGAUCGAAUGGGACAAGAUGUACUACAUCUCUUAGAAAACAGAAAGGAGAACAUGUCCUCGUAUAAAGGCUUACGCAUUGCGGUUUCUGUUUUGGAUGACGUGUUUGCGUCGGAAAUGCAGCGGUUGCUCGGGAAUGCCCUGCAACGGAGAGACUUGAAGCCACCAACAUCGAUCAUGGAAGUGCGCUCAAUUCUCUGUGAGGAUGCUGUCAAUUUCUGAUCAACCCAAUCUUAUAACUUAUAAGCCUUCCAAUUUUGAGCUCCUGUGUUUUUCUUUUCA